CAGGGAACAAUUUCUGGUUAUUGUUCUUAUACCUGUAAAUUGUUCCUGUAUUUCUGGUUAUUGAUCUUUUAUUCGUCUUUUCUACAUGUAAUUUGAAAUGGGUAAUUUAUCAUUUACAUAUAUACUAGUAAUUAGUCUGGCUACCGACUAGAUAAUCUUUUUAUUUUUUAUAAUAAUUUCUCUUAUAUAUUCUGGCCGAUCUUUCUUGGCUCUGAUUAUUUUGAGAAGUAAAGGGACAUAAUUAUACAAAUUUAAUUAGCCUCAGGAGUUAUCUCCUGUGAACAAAACACAGGCUAAUUAUGAUAUUCAAUUCACGUGUUUAUGGAAUAUAGCUGUCAAAAGAAAACAAUGUUUUUUUAUAAUGUUAACAUGAUGGAGUAGAGUACUAGCACUUUAUUUGAUAACUCAUAAUUAUUAUAUGAGUUAUAAAAAUCGGUAUAAUACGUUAUUUGUUUUAUAUACCUACACACGCAAAGUUUUGAAUUUUUACUUAUCAAUAAUUCCUAUUUUAUUCAUCUAAAUAAAUGAGAAAAGUAUCCGUUCUUUUUUGAUUCCGGCUGUCCAUGCCUCGUUUUGAUCUUGGCUGGUGAUAGCCUUUUCUGUGGACACAUAAAGGACUUCUUGUGUUGGACUAAUCGAGGAGUGAAAUGAAGAUGAGGCGACAGGUACCGUCAAAGACGAGAUGUCUUUCACACGCUGGAUUCAGUUUCGAUGAAGAAGCAAAUCUUUGUUUCAAAUUUUUGACAGAGGAGAAAAUAUACCGACCUGCUGCUAGAGAGAACUGUACAGCGGCUGGAGGCAGGUUUUUGCAAAUCAAGAGCGAAAUGCAACACAAUGCUGUUGUCAAAUAUAUGGAAACACUUUAUCCAAAUUAUAGCCCCAUCAUAGAUGGUCGUCGGCCUGACAACGACGGCACAGUUUGGACGUUUGAAGAUGACGAAGCUCUUUCAUACUUUAAAUGGGGUCAAGGUCAACCAGAAAAUAACAGGAAUUGCAUAGGAUUAUCAAAAGAAGACGACUUCAACUGGGCAUCUGCAACAUGUUCUAAACGCAACUCUUACCUUUGUGAAGUACCAUUAGACGGGAUAUAGUUAAUUAGGAAUUUUCCAACACAUUUUAUGUGCUAGAACUAUUCUGCAAUCUUGAAGUUGCUGAAUUAUGUUUACGUUUUAAUAUUCAUACACACCUGGUUUUCUAUCUGUUUAUCUGCUACCAAUCACACUCAGGCGAACACCAUUAAGACCGCACUGCAUCAUGAAAUUCUCGAUGAACGCGGUGGGGACGGGAUCAAACUCGAAUUUUUGACAGGUCGAACAUUUUCCAUGAUACUAUAAAAUUUACAUAUUAUUACUCUGAACUGACGUCUACUUUUUUUGAUGUUAUAGUAGAAAAAGAUGAAAAUGGUAUCAGUACAUGGAAAUUUUAUCAUGUCACUCUAUUUCAUGUAAAAAGGGUAUUCCCUUUAGUCAGGCUAAUCGUUUAAGGCGUAUUAAUUGGGAUAAUACCGGUACCAUUUUUGACAAGGAAAUGGACAAAUUCAGAGGAUACUUUCUAGCACUAACUACCCUGCAUGUGUUAUAAAUGAGACACUUAAGAAAGCAACAAUGCAAGAUGCUCUUGAAUCAUGCGACAAAAAUACAGAUAAAGUCGUUACUUUUGUAUGUACCUACUAUUCAUCUUUGUCUAAUUUUGGUAAAAUAAUACACCAAUAUCGGAAUUUUCUUAAGUAUUCUCAACAUGAGAAUAAUAGGCAAUUAUAUAACUAUAAACUAUAAACGUAUUGUUGCUUAC